CAGAAGACAUUUAGCACUCUUCUGAGCAUCCUGGUGGGCAUCCCGUCGAGUGACUUCCCGUCUUGUACAACAAUAUGUCCAAUAUCUCUUUCUCUUUGCAAGAGGGGCUGGCCGAUAAACAAUAGGGCCAAACUUCGAAACACUCCUGUCAGAAUUCUGUUGCCAUGCGACAAUAAAUCCCGUCGCUUUAUAUUCCGUUCGAGACUGUGGUCUUACGUCAUUUUCAUCCUUCUGAAAUCCCAGAUACGUUUCUCAUUUUGUCUCCGCUAACAGCUACAGCUGAGUAAUUGCACAAUCAUGUGAGAACAUAUGAUCCAUCCUCACUUGUUGAACUCGAACAAAAUCAACGAUAAAGCACGCGUACGUCUGUCGUUAUCCUCAGUGACAUUUUAGCAAGGACAUUUAACAAUGAAAAUGACAAUACAGCGUGUGCAUCAUUAAUGAACACUUGAAUAAACAUUUGUCAACCAUUCACCUACAUGGGGUCAGGCUUGCAUACGACAAAGAAACGGUUUCCAGAUCUCUAGCAUCACUCAUUCUGUCCAUAAUCCUUCCUGUGUCAAAGUACUCAGGUAUGAGGUCACACAUGUUUAAAACGAGAGGCAAGAACAGGAUCUAAACAUGGAAGAUUCAGGUCACGGCUUCUACUAAGCCCUGGAAUGUGACGUGUGUGGCUAAGUCAACAGAAACAGUCACUAUAGGAUCAACGCUCAAGAAGGGCGUUAAUAAGCCCCACGUCCGCAGUAAUGUACUGUGCAUACAAGAAAAAAGUAGCCCAACCGGUUUGGUCCCAACGGGAGACUAUCAACCACGGAUUUACUCGUCUUAUGCUCUUAAAACUAGACCCUUUGUUACCUGGAGGACAGGUAGAAACAACAGCACACCUGGGAACCGUACCUUUCCUCCAUCCGUAUCGCCGGUUCCAGGUGACCACGCGGGUUCUGUAGAGUCGCGGCUGUUGCGUGACGAAAUUCGCACGCUCAAGCGGGCCGUGCCGAGAAAUUUGCCUUGCAAAUUAGGCGAGUCCGGUGGCCAGGUGGCCCACCAAAACACGGUCUCGUCUGGUCUGUUUGAUCCACUUCAACCAUUUCACCUGCAUAACUGUGACUACGCGGUUUGAAAGACGUUACCAAACGCGUUUGCUUCUGUCUUUAAGUAAGUCACAGACAAGACCUUUGCGGAUUCGGGAGUGUGGUGGAAGUCUACUCCCUACAACCUGACAGCCAUAGCGGAAACGUAAAGGUAAAGCUCAGCGUGAGAAUGUUCUCCACCUGAAGGAAAGAAGGAAAAUCUACAUCAAACACAUAACCAAGAAUGGAUAACAGAACAACCACCACCAAAGUUACAAAAAUUCACUGGCAGAUUCACCUCUAAAACGAACUAUUUCAAAAGGGGGCUUCCAGAUAGAGCACUUAAAAACGGAACAGAGUGCAAUGGCUGAGUGUUCGUUCGAGCUACAUGCGCUCGACGAGGGCAUCGGGUCAACAGUGUCGGACAGGACGUCACUGAUGACAGAAUGCAGCCCAACUCGCCAAAGAUGUGAACUAAGCAAGCUAAUCAAGAUCAACAUCAGCGGGCUCAAGUUCCUAGCAAGAGAGCGGGUCCUACACCGUUACCCGGAAACACUUCUGGGUGAUGUGACCCGCCGGAAGGAGUUCUACUGCCCAGAUACCGACGACUACUUCUUCGAUCGUCACCGACCAAGUUUUGAGGCAAUCUUCAACUUUUAUCAAACUGGAAAACUCGUGCGCCCUCCAAUCGUACCUGUGGACAUAUUCUUUGCAGAGUUGAAGUUUUUCGGUAUUGAUAAUCAAGCCAUCAAUAUGGUCCUAGACAAAGAGGGCUAUCGGCAAAAGUCGGAAAGCUGUCCGAAACUUCCCGAAGCAGAGCCGAAGAGGACAAUAUGGCUGUUGUUCGAAUAUCCGGAAACGUCCGUGUGGGCUCGGAUAGUCGCCAUUUUGUCUGUCUGUGCCAUAAUCAUUUCCAUAGCUUCUUCGUGUGCGGAAACGAUACCGCAAUACCAAGAGGACAAAAUCUUUGAUUUCCCUCAGAACGCUACAAGGUCAUCGCGACUCAAGAUGGCGUACGGGAGCACUUUCUACCAGGUCGAGACCGCCUGUAUAGUCUGGUUCUGUUUCGAACUUUUCAUUCGUUUCUACGCCUCUCCAGAUAGAAUAGCCUUUAUCAAAGACAUCAUGAACAUCAUAGACAUGAUCGCCAUCGUGCCAUACUUCCUGACUCUUAUAUUCCUCCUGGGAAACGUGCAAGGCUCGCGCAGUGCGGCUGUGUUCAUGCGCGUUCUCCGGUUGAUCCGGGUCUCCAGGAUCCUCAAGCUUUCCCGCCACAUGACGGCGCUGCGAAUCCUCGGCCGAACGCUCAUACUCAGCGCCGGCAGUAUAGGGCUCCUAUUUCUAUCCCUCUUCGGAUCCAUGGUGCUUUUCGGAACGUUUGUCUACUUCGCUGACCUGGAGACUCAGAACACGGACUUUGACAGCGUUCCCGCCACGUUCUGGUGGGCGGUCAUCACCAUGACGACGGUUGGCUAUGGCGACGAGCAUCCGCGGAGCCCCCUGGGUAAACUGGCCGGUGGCGUGUGCGUUCUGUCCGGGAUCAUGUUCUUGUUGGUCCCCGUGCCGGGCAUCGUCGCCAACUUCAACAGACUAUACACUAGACAACGAAACGUGUUGUCGGACGAUUUCAUAAAGACACAAGACGAAACAGAGAAAGUACCGAAGUACGCUUGGAGAAGAUUCGUUGCUCCGCUGAAGACUAAGAGGAAAACCUCUUCUACGCAGGAAACCACUUUAGUGUAAAAAUAGUAUUACUGUGUCAUGCUACGUCAUUCACAUACAUGACGGGUUCCAUAGAGUUACUUGUGCUGUUUAGUUGGGCAAGUGUCGUGCCCCAAACUGUGCCUGCCCCGUUCCUUGCCUAUUCAGGGCACGGUUCGGGGCCGUCCCCGCGUGUCCCAAAACGUGCUUUCGCCCCAGGCACGGUUCUGGACACACGGGGGCUGCCCUGAACCGCGCCUAGGCACGGUUCGGGACAAAGCAUGGUUCGGGGCGCAACAGCAAGCAUAGAUAAUGCAGAGGAAGUGCUUGUAGCGCUAUAUUUUCUUCCAUACCCUUCCAUGCAUAAAUGUAUAAGCCAUUAUAACCAAUGCUUUACAAGAGACGUUGUAAUAGAGGAAAGAAGCACAUUGUAUAUCUAUAUAUGUAAUUCUGUAAGUCCUGAAUGGCAUCCAAUAGUACUAUUUUUACAGCUUGCUUGCUUUGUCUAAAAUAA